AAUAACGUAAGUGGAGUACAUAAAUCAUCCACGUGACUCAUCAUCUCAUGUCACUAUUUCCUCUUGAUAUGAUACUUUCUUCCUUAACCAAAUCUCUACCUACAAAUGAAGUGUUUUGAAUGUCGUUGUGUAUUUGUAUGGAUUAAUAAACAAAAUAAAUUAAACACACAUAUAUCCACAUCAUACUUUUCCACACAUACCUCCCCACUAAACUUCUGCAUUCAAUGCAAAAAAAAAAAACUUCUGCAUUCAAUGCUGUGUGACACACUCUCUUAUCAUAAAUUAAAUAUCAUUUCUAAUUCCCCUUCGCUUCAACAAUAUUGAAUGGCGGAAGUUAACGAACACGGCGACAACCGAGAGCUCCGCCGCCGGAGACGAAAGAGAUGCUUAAUCUACCUCCUCCUCCUCGCCGUCUUCAAAAUCGGAAUCAUCCUCCUCCUAACCCUCACCCUCAUGCGAACCCGUACACCCAAGUUCCGCGUGAGCUCCGCCGCAUUCGGCGCCUUCACCUACUCCGACGCCGACCCCUCGUUCGACAUCACGCUCUACGCCGAGCUCGCCGUGAAGAACACCAACUUCGGCCGCUACAAUUUCGACUCCACCACCGUGUACUUUUCCUACGACGGCGCCGUGGUGGGGUCCGCGCUGGUCCCCGGGUGGACCGCGAGAGCGCGCUCUACCCGGAAGAUCAGGGUUCAGGUGGAGCUGUCGUCGGCCGGAUUGGCGGACCGGGUUCAGGUGAAGAGCGAUUUGGAGGGUGGGGUGCUGCCGCUGAAUAGCCGGGCGGCGCUGACGGGAGAGGUGGAGGUGUUGCGGGUGUUUGAGAGGAAGAAGACGGCGGAGAUGGAUUGUUUUCUUGCCAUUAAUUUGGUGCAGAGAAGUGUUGGAUAUUUGAGCUGCCAGUAGCUAUACAGUAUUCAUGAGUAUACUAUACCUUAGUCAGUGUUCGGUUUGCAAGAUUGUAUCUCCGGAUUAAAUUAGUAGUGUGUUUGGUUCAUGAGAUUUAGUUCUCCAACUCAAUCCUAGAUGGAUAAUCA